AUGACCAACGCCCAAGACAUUUCUUCCAAGCAAGCACACCACAACUCAGUGCAACCCGUAACCCGUGUGCCGUCUAAUUUCGGAUGGAAGUGGAAUACAGUUGAGAUUAGGAGUGAGAUCUGGGCGGGAUGGCCAUGGGAUGUUGUUGGGAGGGAGGAGAAUCACUAUCUGGAUGUUAUUGAACGAGUUGGGAAGGUAAAGACUGCUGUGGAGGCGGCAGAGGCCGAGGAGGCGGAAGUACCAAGAGCAGCGGAAAAUCAUCAUGGCGCUUUCCAUAUGCGGGAACCAGGUGUGGAAGCAUAUGACACUCCACCUCAGACUGUGUCGCUGGAUGUGUACUACCCGGAACUUCCACAGCUCGACCCUUCGUCUGGGGCUAGCUUCUUAACAAUCCCGGAUGAAGAAGUCCCUGAACUUGCUGAUGCGAACACUGAAGACGAAGGAAUCACUGAAGUUGUAGAGCCGAGCUUCUCGACGGCAGCGCAGGAUGAGGAGACGGUUAGAGUUGAAGAUGAUGCAGGCGAUAAAUCGAUCCAAAAUCCGCCCCCUGGGGCGGCUUUGACGAGUUCAGAAAGCGCAAGUGGAAGCAGGCGCCGAUGA